AUGGAGGAGUCUAAUGAUUAUCCAUCAUGUUCACUUCAAAAUUCAUUUAUAUCAACAUUAGAUCAUCUACCGUGUGAUAUUGUCCGAUCACUCUGGUUAAUUCAAUCAUGUAAUUUAAAAAUUGAUAAAUAUAAACAAGAAUUAAAUGAAUUAUUAGAGAAAUAUGCAACAACAACAACAACAUUAACUAAUGAGGAAUCAUAUUUUUUGAAACGAAUAGUGGAAUUGAAGAAACGAAUAGAAUAUUUAUCAAGGGAAACGAUUCAAGAAUCACGAUCAAUGAAUAAUCAAUUAAUUACUCAUAAAUUGAAUUUAUUAGAAGAAAUGAAUCAAUUAAAGAAAAUUGAAAUUAGUAAACAUAAUUUAAUUGAUGAUAUUGAGAUGAAGGAAUUAAGACAACAAUUGAAAACUCAUUAUAAUGAACAUCCAUUAGUUUCUCAAAUGGAAGCUGUUCAAGAACAAAAAGAUUUGAUAAUAAGUUCCAAUGAUAAGAGUCAGACCAAUGACAAAAAUGGUGGCAGUAGUGAUAGCAGUAGUAAUACGAAUGGUAUUUUGAAGAAUAAAAUUAAAGAUGAACCGGAAAAAUCAAAACUUAAAUUAAUAUUAAGAAUCCCUAAACAAGAUAAAGUCAUUAAACCUAAAAAUAAGAAGAUUGUCAAGAAGGUACAAAAGAAACCUACUGAAAGAAAUACAGUAAUUAGCAAAGAUAAUAAAAAGUCAAAAACUUUAAGGAAGAAAGUUCCACAAUUAAUAGAAUUGAAAGAAGAACCAGAGAAAGAAGAGGAACAAGAAGAUACUACACUUUAUUGUUUUUGUAAACAACCAUCUUUUGGUAAUAUGAUUUCUUGUGAUAAUGAAAGUUCAUGUCCAAAUGGAGAAUGGUUUCAUUAUAAAUGUGUUGGAAUAUUAAAUCGAGUGGUGGCAUUGAAAUAUACCACAGGGAAAGAAAGUUGGUAUUGUUCUGAGAAUUGUAAAUCUAUGGCUUUACAAGCCAAACAAUCUAAAAAACAGAAAAAUGGAAAGAGAAGAAAACGAAGAAGUCAUUGGUAG